UGGACGUUUAGCUUGUGAACGUAUAUAAAUAAACGGCAUGCAUUUUGUGAUCCAGUCAUAGUUUUGUGUUUCCCAUCAAACACAGUACACACUCGUGUGUUCGGAGUAGCAAAAACAACAACAACAACAAAAAAACAAACGGAAAAGAAAAAAAAACAACAAAUAAUAAUAAAACCGAACGCAUAACGUAAAAUACAAACAGAACGCUAAUAGCCAACAAAAAAAAAAGAAUUGGAUUUAUAUUGAAACUAAUUGGUCUCUCUCUAUAUUUUUUAUUAUUAAUAUUAUAUUAAUAAUAAAAAUAUUUAUAUUAUUAAUUUAUUAUUAUAUAAUAAAUUAAUAUUACUGAUAUUAUUUUGUCACUAAUAUUAUAAAUAAUAUCUUCGCCAUCAUCAUCAUUAUCAUAUACCACCUCUUAUUCGUUGUCGUCAUCAUCACCGUCGACGAUAGUAACCAUCAUCCAACAUCAUGACUGUUAAUGAGUACCAUUGAUAUCCUAUACUGACACUAUAUAACUUUUAAACGGAACAACGAGGUUAAAUUCUGUUAAAUUCUUCGAACGUUAACGUUCCUCAUCUUCACACUUAAUCGGAAGCAAAGAUGGAAAACUUCACAGAAGAAAACCUCCGUCCUUGGAUUAGUACAACAACACGUGUCUACAACAACGUCACAAUAUUUCCUCAAUACGAUGACGAAUUGGGUAAAUUUGAAAUUAUGGUCCUGUGUAUUCUAUGCUUCAUGGCUCUGUUCGGAAAUGCAGUCGUAUUAAUCGUACUACGCAUCAAGAAAACAACUCUGACUCGAAUGCAGCUUUUGAUCGUGUAUUUGAGCGUUACAGACAUUUCCGUAGCUCUCUUCCAUAUUCUUCCUACUAUUAUUCUCAAAAUCAACGUCUAUUUCCUCGGAGACAUAUCUGCCUGUCGAGUGUAUCAGUUUAUCACCGUCGCCGAACUUUACGCUUCUUCAUUCGUACUCAUUGUCACCGCCUUGGAUCGUUAUAUCUCUAUAUGUCACCCACUUGCUGCCCACAUGUGGACCAAUCGACGAGUUCAUAUGACCACGGCUUUGGCUUUGUUUUUGGCCCUGAUGUGUUCAUUGCCACAACUGGAUGCAGUACUUGUCGAUUUCCAUGGUGGAAAAUUAUGCCGACCCAACCUCACCACAGAACUUGCAAACAUCGCCUACAGCUGGUGGGCUUUCUGUUCCGUCUUCUUUGUUCCUUUGCUUCUGUUGAUCUUCUUCUAUGGUAGAAUAUGCUUCGUUGUGUGGCAGAGCAUGCGCGGUCGUGAAUGCACGCAGUCAGUCGGUAGCUCGGCAUCAAGAUACGUACGCAAGCCGAUCAAAUGCCGGAUCUCCUCCCAAACGUCGUCGGAGAACCGAGUGAAGAAUUACUCGGACGCAAGGGAAAAAGAUUCAUCACGCAACCCGCGAGCUAUCUGUCGUGGUGUUUCCAAAUCAAAGAUCAAAACCAUCAAACUGACUUUUUCUGUCGUGGCAUGUUUUAUCAUAUGCUAUACGCCAUUUUUUACUGUUCUCAUGGCUCGAACUUACGAUGUAGAGUUGAGCUCAGCUCAAACUCCUGCGCUGGUAAUCCUGUCACUGCUUCCAAGUCUCAACAGCUGCACCAAUCCCUGGAUCUACCUGGCCUUCAGUGGAAAGGUAUGGUGUCGACAACAAAGUCAAAAUUUUCCUCGCACCUGGACACAAACCACCAAUACGUACCUUGUCGAGCUUGAAGCUAAGAAGCGUACCUCGUUCGGAGCCGAACACGUCACGUUUGCAAGCAAUAGUACGGCUCGGAAGACGCUUAACGUUGAUGAUACGAACACCACAGCACUCAUGUCAUCGAGUCCCUGUUAACAAGCAUUCUCGUUUUCCUUUAUUCCAUACAACAUAUAUGUAUCUACACACGUACGCAAACAGAUGACUACAGUCAAACACACGCAUAU